AAAGAAAGCAGUUCUCAUUUGGGGUCAAGUUAUAACAAAUUAUCAGCAGCACCUUCAGCCAAUUCUAUAUAGCGACAUAUACUCUUUCUAAUCUUCACAACAGAAUAUUAUAACAAACUCUGUUUCAUUGUUACGCUUUUUUCUAUUUUCACUUCAUGAACUUUCUUUUUCACCUUCUGUUUGUUUUCUCUUUAUAAAUUUCUUUAAUUUUUCAUUUAAUGACAUCCCACAAGUUGAAUUUCCUAUAACAACAGUUAACAGUCUCUGCUUAAGCUCUAAUAACUAAUAAUUAAUAACCAACAGUUGAUGAAUAAUGCUAACAACCCCAAACAACUACACUAAAAGCCCUUCAACAGCUUCGUUAUCUGAUCUGAAUAACAAACCCACCAGUGUUGCUACAAAUACAAACAAAAGAAGGACCACAAAAAGAAGAACAAACUCAACAAUUAUCUUGCCUUUUGAUUUCUACAACAAAAACAACUUAUCCAACACUAAAGACAAAAAUUUCAACAACAAUACAAACAACAAUUAUAAUCACAGCAAUAAAAACCAUAAUAUUGGUAUUAGUAACAGUGCUAACUGCAGUUUCGGUGCUAGUGAUAAUAGCCAACCUCUAUCUCUAUCUUUUUUACACAAACCUCGUCACUAUCCUCAGGAUGAUAAAUAUAACCCGAUAUUAAUCGCUCAGAACGUUAAAAAAGUGACAAAUUCAAACACCCUCUUUAAUAAAUCAAUUUUAAACAUUGAUUUAAAUUUUAAUGAUGAAAACAUUAACCACAACAAUUUUGAUAUCAAUAACAAUCUAAAUGAUAUCAAUUCACCCAAUAAUAUCAAUACCACCAACACCAAUAACAAUGACAAUUUAUUAUCAAGAUCAACUUCUUUAAAUUCCUCGUUGGCCUCGAAUUCUCCACCCUUCCCUGUCUCUAAAUAUGAACUACCACCUUUAGUUCGAAAAAAAAGUGGUGAGCUAGUCAAAUCAUCUUUAAAACUAUCCCAGCUCAAUAACCAAACCCACAAAAAAUCAAUAUCAUUGCCUGCCACCCCAACUUAUAAAUCGGUUCAUUUUAAUUCUUCAAUGACCGAUGUCAAAUAUUUCAAUGAAAAAGAUCGUCCAACUGCCAUAUCUGCUUGUGCUUCUCCUGCAAACAUGCCAAAUCCUUCUUUUGGCUAUCCAUCUCGUUCUCAGUUUAAUAGCUGGAAAUUUGGCCCCGACGAUUCCGAUUCUGAUUCCGAUUCUGAUUCUAGUACUGAUUCUGAUUCCGAAACUGAUUCUGAUUCCGAUUCUGAUUCUGAUUCUGAUUCUGAUUCCGAUUCUAAUACUGAUUCUGCUUCUGAUUCCGAUACUGACUCUAACCACUUUAAUGAAUCAAAUGAAUCGAAUCCCUCCAACAAAUCUGCUCAAAAAAAUAACAAUAUUACUUACCAUUCUGAUGACAAUGAUGACGACGAAGAUGACGACGAUAAUGACGAUCACUCAAUUACUUGGGAACUAUCUCUACCAAACUUCAAACCCUACUCUAAUAACACCAUCCAAUCAAAGGGUGAUAUUUUCUUAGAAAGAUGUUUUCUAUCAACCGAUAAAAAAUUCCUAAUGGGUUACAUUGCUGCUAAAAACAUUUCCUACGAAAAGUACGUUUGCAUCAGAUAUACUCUAGAUGACUGGAAAUCUAUCACUGAGGUGGAAGCAAACUAUAUUUCCGAUAACACAAGAUUUUUAAAAAAAAAUGGCUACGAUCGAUUCACUUUCAAAUUGCCUCUAAUAACUCUAUUUAGUCACGAUUCUCCAGUUAUAAUCUCCUCUAAAGAUUCAAAUCAUAAUAUUAAAAUUUUACAAAACUCUUCUCAAAUCUUAUUAUGCAUUAAAUAUAUCACUGGUGGUAGAGAAAUUUGGGACAAUAAUAAUAACCAAAAUUAUUUGGUAAUUCUCAAAAAAAUUAAAGAAAUUUCCCUCACAAUACCCAAAUCACGAUUGAAAAAAUUAAAACUAAAAUCAAAAUCAAAAUCAAAAUCAAAGUCAAAGUCAAUGUCGAAAUCAAAGUCAAAGUCAAAAUCAAAAUCUAAACAAAAACAAAAACAAAGAUCACAAUCAAACUCGAAAUUAGAAUUGGAACCAACCUCAAAAUCGACUGAAAAUACCAGUUCAAUCUCUGAACUGUCUGCAAACAAAAUCAAUACCAAUAAAUCUAGUUCAAAUUCUAAAUUAAAAGUUAAAAACCCAUUGGAAAAUAAUUUCAAAACUGGCCUUUAUGGCCAAGAAACCGAUAGCUAUUUUCCUCCUUUCCCUCAAUUGGAAUCACCUUCUUCGGUCGAUUCAUCAACAAUUAAUGACUUGAAUUCCUCUCUAAAUUCAAACUUCAAUUAUCUCAAUGCUUCAAGCCUUACUAAUCUGGACGUAAUCUCAAGUCCUUCAUUUGAAGAAAUUCAUGAAAAUUCUAUCAACUUAAAAUAUCCUUUUGCAUCAAAUUCUCAAGCAAUUCCAAAUAAUCCCAACACUAACAAAUUUUACUUUCAUUCUCCCCUAACCUCCACAAUGGAAAAUUUAAUUUUCAAAAAUUCAACCACAGUUGACGCUACAGUGGACUUGAAAAUUUUAAAUCAAAAAUUAGAAGACUUGAAAAAUAGUAGCGAAAAUAAAGUUAGUGUUGCUGAUGAUGAUAAUGAUGAUAAUGAUGGCAAAAAAUCAAAUGACCAUGAUACUAAUGGCACAAAAAAAAUAUCUGAUAGUAAAGACAAGUUUAUUAAAAAUACAAAUACAAAUACAAAUGCCAAUCCAAUUUCACAUGGUGAGGAGAUCAAAAAAUUAACUAAAGAAAGACCUCCUGUUGAUUCUAAAACGUAUCAAGAACUUGUUGAUUCUUAUUGUUUCUUCCAAGGAUCUUCCCCUGCUUCUAAAAUAACAAAGAAAUAAAAAUCAAAUAUUAAAACUGAUUUACCCUUCGUUACACUUUUCUAAUUUAAAAGCUAAAAUUUUUUUCUCUUGAGUAAUUUUAUCAUUUGUUAAAUUAUGAUUUAUGCUGCAAUGUCUGUUUGUUAUUAUGACUUUAAAAAUACUAGACUAAAAAAAGAAUAAAAAUAUGUUUAAAACCUCGAAAACAGUACUUUUUGUGGCUUUUGAUAUUUCAUUCAUUUUGUUUAUUUCAUUUUACUUUAUUUCAUUUUACUUUAUUUCAUUUUACUUUACUUUACUUUAUGUUACUUUACUCUAUUUUAUUGUAUCUUUUUUGCACGAUGUGUUUAUUUCCCUUUUUGUUUUAUUUUACACUGAUUUACCUAUUUGAUCUUUCAGCAGCACUGUUCUUUAGUUUUUAGUUCUUUCUUUUGUCCGAGGUAAAUAAACCAACAGCUGCUCUACAACAUUUGCUCUUCUCUAACCAACUCCUUCCUCU